AUGAACGCAUCAUUUUUUGAGGGUUUCUACUUAUGCGUUCGUGAGACAGGGAGAGAUAAUCGAUUGGGUGAGGGUGAAGGGUGUCGGCUGUGGCGUUUUUUUCGGCGAGGGUGGCAAUUUUGGCGACUCUUUGUUCGUCUAGGACUCCGUCAAAGCCUCCAAGGGCAGCGAUUUGGUGGUGUAUUCAUGUCAUUCGAUAUUAUUGGAACAAAUGAAGAACUACAAACCUCUAGAAGAUGGAAGUGA